AGUAGUUUGUGCGUGAUAAUAAAGUUAACUAUUUGUAAAAAUGAUGGAUGGACAGGAAGAUUAUAGUAGUUAUUAUCAGAAAAAUUCCCCAAAACAAAAUGGUGGUAGUAUUCAUUCUGAUAUAGGUGAUAUGAGUUUUAUGAUGUUGGACUAUAUUAAAGAAGCCAUGAAGGCCAUGGAUAUGAUGAGAGGCCAUCAUAUGUUGACAGAUGUGAUAUUAGAAGUUGGUUGUGAUAUAUUUCAUGCGCAUAAAGUGGUUUUGGCAGCAGCUAGUCCUUACUUUAAAGCAAUGUUUACAGGAGGCUUAAAAGAAUGUGAUAUGAACAAAGUAAAAUUACAAGGAGUCUCGGCCACAGCUAUGUCUAGGUUAAUUAAUUUUAUGUAUACAGGAAGGAUACGAGUUACUGAAAAUACAGUGUGCCAGUUAUUACCAGCUGCCACCAUGCUACAGGUUCCCAAUGUAAUACAAGCCUGCUGUGACUUUUUGGAAAGACAACUGGACCCAAGUAAUGCUAUAGGUAUAGCUAGUUUUGCAGAACAGCAUGGAUGUUUGGAAUUAUACAAAAAAGCCAAUCAAUACAUUGAACGGCAUUUUUGCCAGAUUUGCCAAGAAGAAGAAUUUUUUCAACUUACUGCCCAUCAAUUGGUUAGUUUAAUAAAAAAAGACGAAUUAAAUGUGCAAGAUGAAAAAGAAGUAUACAAUGCAGUUUUAAAAUGGGUUAAGUAUGAUGAAGACAAUAGGCAUAUGAAAAUGGAGUGUAUAUUAAGUGCGGUUAGAUGUCAAUUUUUGCCACCCAAAUUUUUAAAUGACCAAAUGACUAAUUGUGAUGUUAUUAGGAAAACACCGGCUUGCAAGGAAUAUUUAGCUAGGAUAUUUAAGGAUUUAACAUUGCACAUUAGGACAGUUGUUAAAGAAAGAAGCCCAAACAUUCCAAGAGUAAUUUACAUUGCAGGCGGAUACUAUAAACAAUCAUUGGAUAUUUUGGAAGGUUAUAAUGUUGACGAUAAAAAUUGGACAACUCUAGAUAGUCUUACAGUACCAAGAUCUGGAUUGGGUGGAGCAUUUUUAAAAGGAACUUUUUAUGCUGUCGGUGGAAGAAAUAAUAGUCCAGGAAAUAGUUAUGAUUCAGAUUGGGUAGAUAAAUACAAUCCUUUAAAAAAUCAAUGGAGACCAUGCAGUCCAAUGUCAGUUCCACGAAACAGAGUUGGUGUUGCUGUAAUGGAUGGAUUGUUAUAUGCUGUUGGAGGAAGUGAAGGAUUAAAAUACCACAGUAGUGUGGAAUGUUAUGAUCCCGAAGUGGAUAGAUGGACUACUGUCAAAUCAAUGCAUUCUAAACGUUUGGCAGCAGGAGUUGCAGUUGUUAAUAGAAUAUUGUAUGCAAUAGGCGGUUAUGAUGGUAUAAGUAGGCACAAAACAGCAGAAUGUUACCACCCUGAAAAUGACGAAUGGACUUUAAUUAGUCCAAUGAAUACUCAACGAAGUGGAGCAGCUGUUGCUGCAAUAAAUCAGUUUAUCUAUGUGGUUGGAGGAUAUGACGGUAAAUCACAGUUAAAUAGUGUUGAAAGAUAUGAUACAGAAAAAGAUUUAUGGGAAUUUGUUUCCAAUAUGAAAGUGGCUAGAAGUGCCUUGAGUGUAACAGUUUUGGAUUGUAAAAUAUAUGCCAUGGGUGGAUAUGAUGGUUUAAACUUUCUUACAACUGUAGAAAUUUAUGAUCCAGCAAUGGAGACCUGGGAAUAUGGAGAACCUCUUACUUCUGGAAGAUCGGGACAUUCGAGUGCUGUUUGUUUUCAACCACCAUGUAACUCAAAAUGCCGAAUUUUAUCUGCAAUUUCAAGCAGUAGUAGUGGUAGUUCUCCAAGAUAAUAACAAAGAUGGAUGAAUGGAUGAAUGAAAAAUGUGAUAAUAAUGUGAUUUUAUAAUUAUGGAAAUACUUAAUAAUAAAAUCUAAAAAUUAGGCAUCAUUCCCAAAAGAAAGUUUAUGUCGCUUUAAAUUUGUAUUUUUUUUAAAUAUUUACACCUAAAAUAUGAAUUCCAAAAUUGAUCAGGUUUUAGUUAUUGUUAGUUAUACAUUAUUAGCAAUGUGUA